AUGUCUCUAUCUAUUGAAAAUAGCAAGACCGAAGCUUUGCACUUCGAAAAUGUUGCUGAAUGCACCCUAGUCGACCCAGAGGCCGAGAAAAAGCUUGUCCGAAAGAUCGACCUCUACUUGAUGCCUUCGGUCUUCAUUCUCUAUCUCUUCUCUUAUGUGGAUCGAUCCAAUAUAGGUCUUGCCAAGAUUGCCGGGAUGGAAGAAGACCUGAACCUUUCCUCAGAUCAAUACUACACAGCCGUGAUAGUGUGGGUGAUUGGGUAUACCAUCGCAGCGGUACCAUCUAAUAUGAUUCUCUCACGGAGUCGCCCGUCGAUCUUCAUUCCGAUCAUCACGUUUGGAUGGGGCUCUGUAGCAGCCCUGAUCGGCAUUGUUCGUCACCAGAGCCAGCUUAUAGCACUGAGGUUUCUCCUUGGAGUCUUCGAAGCAGGAUUUAGCCCAGCGGUAAUAUUCCUCAUCUCAACAUGGUACCGAAAGAGCGAGCAAUCCAAACGCUUCAUCAUCUUCCUAACAGCAGGCAUCCUCUCCGGCGCCUUCGGAAGCAUAGUCUCAGGCGCGAUAACCUCAACCCUAGACGGCGCGCACGGUAUCCGCGGCUGGCGCUGGCUAUUCAUCGUUGAAGGCGUCGCCACAGCAGGCAUAAGCCUUCUAGUGCACUGGACGCUCCUUGACUUCCCGAACAGCAGCCGGGGGCUAUCGGCAGACGAACAAAAACUCGCGCAAGCAAGGCUCGUCGAGGACGGGACAGCCGACCGCGGCUCCGCAGAAACGCAGAAUCCAUCCAUCUUCGUGGCUUUGGGCAAGGCUGUCUCGAACUGGCGAACUUGGGUGCUGGUGCCGUCGUACAUGACCAUUCUGGGCGCUUUGGCGAUCUCGUACUUCUAUCCGACGCUGAUUAAUGGUAUGGGGUAUACUUCUACUGCGGCGCAGUACAUGACUGCUCCGCUGUAUCUUGUUUCACUUGUUUUUGCGGUUCCGGUUUGUUGGUUCGCUGAUCGAAAACCACAUCUUAGGGGUAGGCUGUUGGUUGUUAAUUUGGUGACUGGGAUGGUGUUUUUUGCGCUGACGGCUGGUAUUCGGAAUUAUACGGCCCGAUAUGUAUUUCUGUGUUUCAUUAACAUGACUAUUUGGACGGGGAAUGCGCUGGGUCUUUCAUUUGCGACUACUGCGCUUGCUUCAGUGAAUCGUGAUGUUCGUGCAAUUAUGUUGGCGUGGAUGAACGGCGUGGCGGCUUUGGCUCAGCUAUAUGGGAGUGCCUUGUUUCCUGCCCAAGACUCUCCCGAAUAUCUCGUCGGGUUUUCGGUCUUCGCGGCUACUUUUGCAAUCGGGGCUGUUUGUUACGGCGUGGCUGAUACUCUGUUCAAGCGUUAUCCGUACAAGGAGUAA